AUGAGAAGAGCAAAUAACAAAGGAAACACUUCUUCUUCUUCUUCUUCUUCUUCUUCUUCUUCUUCUUCUUCUUCUUCUUCUUCUUCUUCUCAUUAUUAUUAUAAUUAUUAUUAUUAUUAUUUGUUCUUUCUAUCUUCACUUUCUUUUUCUUUUUUCUUUUUUUCCUUAUUUUCUUUCUUUCUUUCCUUCUUUACAUUCUAUCUUUCUUUCUUUAUUCUUCAAUUCCUUUACUUUAUUUCUAUCUUUCUUCCUUUUCUUUAUUUCUUUCUUUACUUAAUUUCUUUCUUUCUUUUUUCUUUCUUUCUUCAAAUUUCUUUACUUUAUGUAAUUUAUUUUUCUUUCUCAAUUCUUUUAUUUUUUCAUCCCUUAACCUCUCACACAUUUUUCUUUCUUUCUUUCUUUCUUUCUUUCUUUCUUUUUUUUUUCUUUUCUUUUUUCUUUACUUUCUUUUUAUUCUCUUUCUUUAUUAUUUUUUCUUUCUUUCUUUGUUCCUUUCUUUCUUUCUGUUUUCUUUCUUUCUUAAUUGCUUGUUUGCUUCUUUCUUUCAGUCUGUCUGUCUUUCUUUGUUUCUUUUUCUUUUUUCUUUACUUUCUUUUUAUUCUCUUUCUUUAUUUUCUUCCUUUACUUUCUUUCUUUCUUUCCUUCUUUCUUUCUUUCUUGCUUGCUUGCUUGCUUGUUUCCUUCAGUUUUUCUUUCUUUUUUUGUUCCUUUCUUUUUCUUUCUUUCUUUCUGUUUUCUUUCUUUCUUGAUUGCUUGUUUGUUUCUUUCUUUCAGUCUGUCUGUCUUUCUUUGUUUCUUUUUCUUUUUUCUUUACUUUCUUUUUAUUCCCUUUCUUUAUUUUCUUCCUUUACUUUCUUUCUUUCUUGCUUGCUUGCUUGCUUGUUUCCUUCAGUUUUUCUUUCUUUUUUUGUUCCUUUCUUUCUUUCUGUUUUCUUUCUUUCUUGGUUGCUUGUUUGCUUCUUUCUUUCAGUCUGUCUGCUUUCUUUCUUUCUUUCUUUCUUUCUUUCUUUCUUUCUUUCUGUUUUCUUCUUCCUUGUGUAUUUCUUUUAUGUCAUCCACUCAAAAUGGCGAUCUCACAGGGCUUCUUUCUUUUAUCUUUCGCUUUUAUUUUCAACUAAUCAUUUUUUUCUUCUGUAUUGCCGCCAAACGUCGACUGUGAUGACGUCACCGGCGUUUGCGUCAAAACCCGAGACGCAGCUUGCGGGCAAAACGUUUCCGUUUUGCUAUCCUUUGCUCUUUUCUUCUUUUCACUUCUCUUUCAAUAUCAUCCUUCUUCUUCUUCUUCUCCUUCUUCUUCUUCUUCUUCUUCUUCUACUACUACUACUACUACUACUAAUAAUAAUAAUAAUAAUACUAUUUUGCUUUUUCUUUUUUCUUCUUCUUCUGCCUUUACUGUUUCUUCUUCUUUACUAUCCAUUUUCUUUUAAUCUUUUUCUACUUCUUCAUCGUUCUUUCGUUCCUCACUUUCUUUGGUUUUCUUCUUCGCCUUUCAUUUCAACUUCGAAACACUGCGCAUUUUAUUCUUCAUUUUCUUCCUCAUCAUUCUUACUUUUCCCUUCCAUUAUUCUUCGACUCCCAACCAUCAUUUCUAAUUUGAGUUCGACAACACUCAUUUCUUCUUCUUCUUCUUCUUCUUCUUCUUCUUCUUCUUCUUCUUCUUCUUCUUCUUCUUCUUCCUCCUCCUCCUUCUUCUUCUUCUUCUGCUUCUUCAUUUUCUCGUCCUCCUCCUCCUCCCCUUCUUCUUCGUGUAUACGAGAUGCGGAAGCGAAAAUCGCGUCGCAGCUCGUGACGCCACACAUGACCACGCGAGAGUGA